ACACAAUGGAAAAACGUGGUGAAAGCUUUAGUAAAGCGCUGUACCGCAAAGUUGUUCACCUAAAUUCUCACUAAAAGACAGUCAGAUCUUACAUGUAACACUUGAAUGUCAACAGACGAGAGCUGUAGUUAAAGAAGGUUGGUAAUAAAAGGCAGAGUGAAUUUAUUUCAGAAAUAAAGAUUCUUAACCGCGUCAUGAUGGUCUAAUUUUUGUGAAAUUAUCAACACUGAUAAUGAAGCCGAGUCGUUGACAAAUCUAUGUUGUCACACAAACAAAAUGGAGGCCGUAUGAGAACGGCGUACCUCAUUACUGUAAUACGGUCGUAUGCUAACUUUGGGUUUUCCUCAUUCACCGUUAAACAGAACCAUCUACCAUGUAGAGAAGUUGGUAACAAGUAUGAAAGGUUAGAGAAGGUUUCCCCAGUAUGAAAAGCAUUUUUUUUUCUAAAAGCCACAUUGUGUGCUGAUGGAAAAAAUGUACUCAUUUAACAUUAACCAAAUUUUAAUGCGAUGUGAAAGCUUGAGUGUUGUCACUGCAUAGGUUUGGGGAACCCCUCUGUGAUUAGCCCCAGUAGGUGAGUCACUGAUCAGGAACUGGUGGUGGGCGUCGGCAUGGGUGUCCCCUUUAUGACUAGUUUCACCAGGGCUCUCCUGGCGGUGCAGCUCCAACGCCAACGCAUCGUUCGGCGAGGUUUCCAUCGAGACAUUUCGAUGUGGCGAGGGCUGGUUUGAUGAACACAGAAUCAGAGAGCUUCUCAUCUGAAACGUAGCGUUCCACUUCCUUGAAACGGCUUUGUAAACAUUCGCCCUAAAUGUCAGCAGUUCAAGAUUGAUGUCAGCAGCGCUGCUCGGCGCACUCAACAUGUGGCAGCUGACAUUAUUGUUAAGCCAAAAAAUGUCACCUUUCAAUUUCAUUUUUCACUCUGAGCUGCUUGGCUGUUUUAUUUCUGUUUCUUUAAAGAUGAGUGAUGGCAGCUCAUCUUUAUUUUUGCUUUUCUUCUGCUCGGUGUGUAAAAUCUUCUCCGCUGUCCGCCUAAUCCACAAAACCACUAAUUCCAUUACAUUCCCCUCAGACAUCACAGCUCCUUCAGUCCAAGUGGAAACAUGUCCGUUAACAGUCCGCCGUCAUGGCGGGGUAGCUGCUGCCGUGUGUUUCUGCUGGGUGUUUGCCUGCCUGCCGUUGGCUGCAGGCCUCACACCAGCUCCGGCCAGGCUCUGGACCUGGCCGCCUCCUGCACCGCUUCCGCCUGCGGUGUGUGGCGUGCCUCCUUCCUGUGUGUGUCAGAGGCAGUUUGGGCUGAUUUAUAAGCUCCUGACACACUGUGCUUUGGACCCCUGCUCUGCUGCUGGAAUGGCUAUUCCAUGUGUCUGUGUGAGAUCCACCUGGGUGGUUCUCUGCUGGAUGGGGGUCAGAUGUGGUUUUGCUUAGCAGCUCCAGGAGCUCAGGGGAACCUGCCCCGCAGACAGCGUGGAGGUGGGGAAAAGAAAAAAAAAAAAAAACGCUUUUAGAAAGAUCUGGUUCCAGGCUUGUUCUUCAGUUAAAGCCACAGGUGUUCACAGUUUACUUAUAUCUCUACAUGUAAACCUGGUUAAGUAAAAUGAAAAGGGUAAAGCUAUCGUACACGAGAAGAUAUGUGGAAUUUAAAACUCUUGAGCUGUAAAAAUCCUUUCUGCAAGUGCUUUAUAAAGCACUCUUAAAACUUUGGCCCGCAUGACCUAUAGAGACACACGUCCGCAGGCUUGAUGUUGUAUAUUUGUGAGCUGUGAAAGGAAAGGCAGUUUUCAAAAUAUUUUACCAAUAAAAGCCAUAAAGCUGUGUGUUAUUUGGGGUGCAGUUACCAGCUUUGGACGUCUGGAGACACAAUUGUGCUCUUUCUUCAGAUUCUUAAUUGGAAAGGACUUUGACCACAUAAAAUCCCAAUAAAAUACAUUGAUUGUGUCUCUAACAUCAUAAAAUUGGACUAGAUUGUCAACACUAUCUUGUAUUUUGUGUAUACAACAAUCCACAGCCUAUUUUAUGAAGUUAUUCGUUAUGCUUUAUUUCAUAGUGGAGGAAUUUAAAAACAAGUGAAAUAACAGUCACUUGUGAUGUUUCCCCUGAUGCCUGACAUGUGUAAGAGGUGUUUAGGUUCGACAUCUUUGGGUGGUGCUGUGUGGUAACCGGAGACGAGGUGGAGUUAUCGUAGGUGAAGUAUAACAAAUAGAUGGUUGCAUUCAGACAGCUGGCUGUACCCCACCCAGAGCGUUUGAGCUGCCAGUGUGGGCCUUUGUGGAUACCUCCGGUGGCCUGUGGCACCUACUCAGGAGACCACUGCUCUGUUUCACCAGAACCAGUCAGAAAUUUACAUAAACUCAUCAUUGGCAUCAAUUUCAGGUUCUUUGACACUUUGUGAUUUCUUUGAAGCUUUUUCAUAGAUGCUGGGAUGAGUUUACAAAACUCAAUGAUUUUUAAAACCAGAAAAAUUGGUAGCCCAAAUUUGAAUUGUGUUUCUAUAAUUAAAAAUAUACUCAAAUAUCGAAUGUCUCUAACCAAACUGCACCUUGAUGCUACCUAUGACUUGUCCAAGUUUGAGCUUUCUGGACUAAGUAUUUUCUGUGCCAAAUAUUUUAAUGCUUGUCUCAUCAAAUUAUAAAAACCUUUUUCCAAAAGGCAUCUGGUUUAUCCUUGUGGAGAAUUACACAUUCCAGACUAACUUGAAGGCAUUCAAUUUGAAGAAAGGAUUGUUUUUUGGUUGGCACCUUCUAAACUCGUGUUCAUUUUAAAGUAACUUUACUUUGAACUGUAAGAUUGUAGCUUUCUGUUCAGGACUGACCAUUAUCCAUUGAGGAAUCCAGUAACUCAAUGACAGAAUGAAAUCAACUUUGCUUGCUGAUCAGUGCCUGUCCAUUUGAUUGUACCACGUCCAUUUUGUGUUUUGGUUUGAACCAUUUGUUGUGGUCUUUGAUGGUCUGCAGCGUUUUAAGCUUCUCAUGACUUUGUUUUUGUGCUCACUUGUACCUGUAAGAAACCAUCAACAGUCACUCUUGUGACACAACUAUUGUCUCUACAUAUGACCAAUCAUCCUCUGAUGUUGGGUUUUCAGCCUGACUCAACACGUUUCAAACCCCAGCAAAGUAGGUACCAAAAAGGGAGAACCAGGUGAUCGAAAACCGUUAUAAGUGAGUUGAGCCAUGUCAAGUUGCGCUUCGUAGGUGCUAGUGAAAAGAGCCAUAGGUAGAUCCUAGACAUAUUUCCUUUCCUUUGAGAGGAGAGUUUGGGUAAGAUGAUUGAUACUUGAGCAUAGUUGGGUAUGCAGUCGUUCCAGACACAUGAAAACCGAUUUUGAAACAACGAAAGAAAGCGAAACCAAAGCCCUGACUUGGACGAUAUCGGAAAUCUGUGGACUGUGCCAGAAAAAGAUGGCUAAAAUUCACUGAAACUGCAAAAAGCUUGUGGUUUCUUCAAUGGUCUAAUCAUCCACACAUUAAUGGGUUGUAUGUAUAUUUUCAGCUUUUAUAUAUAAUGAUGUCCUAUGUAGAUGAUCAUACUUUUGCGCCCAGUUCUGGGGCCUGCUGAAUUAUUGAGGGUCAAAGUCAAUAAAGAUCCCAAUUUGAGCUGAUGUCACUGAUAGCGGCACCUUAAACUAAAAGCUUUUUGGCAAAUUUUGCAGAAUAUUUCUACGAUCCAUCUUCUGUCGAGUUCGUGGCAGGUUGUACUUCCUCAUGCUCCCAGUUCAUGGUUCCUGCAUGCUAUUUUCUUUCUCUCUCUUUUUUUUUCGUCGCUGAAGCGCCGUCCCUCGCAGGCCUCCCUGCCGGCCCCCUCUCCUUCCUUCCUGCGCCGCGCUCUCGCCAAGCCUCCGCUGUUUAAAUGGGCCAAGUUGAGAAGCGGCGGAGAGUGCAAAUCUUGUUUGGUCUGGGUCUGUGAACUUCAGCGUGACUUCAGCAACACCCAGCAGUCUGAAUCUCAACAACUCUUUCUGAACUUACAGAGGCAUUAAUGACGCGGAAGUUCUCAGUUUGAGUUUGGUUUCUCAUUAACAACGUGUGGCAGUUGUGGUUUAUUUAAUUUUUAUUUAAAUUAUUUUUUUAUUUUAUUUUUAUAAUUUUUUUUAGAUCAGCUGAGAAACUGCAUUCUGGUCAUAUCUAACUCCCUGUUUCCCCCUUGGAAGCAAUUUGGUCCGGCUUUAUUUAAAUUACGCCUCAUUAUAAUCAUAAUAAAAAUAUUAAGAUUUUACCCAAAUGUGAUAGGACGAGUCGCUCUGAGCAGUGGUGAUCUAACCUAAUGUAAGUGGCUCAGGGCUUCCCAGCAUGUCGGGUAUUAACAGAGCGAGCGAGAUUAAAUGUGGGAGGUAGGAGAGCUGCGCGCCGCCGCCGCUGCGAGCUGGAAACUACUGAAUGGGAAUCUAUCCGGCAACUUCAGCAGACCGCUCUCUCACGGCGACACGGGGGCUCCUCUGCGUAAAACCGAGCGGCGCGUCUUCCAGUCUGGCUCAGCCCCGCUCGCACGCCAGGAGGACGCUCAAGUUGGAUCGGGCGCGCAGUUUCUCACUCGUUCCCGGCGCUCGGCUCCCACUAACAUGCCUGCCAUCAAGAAGGAGCGGCUGGAUGGAGACGACAUGGCUCUGACCGCCUUCAACCAGUCCGAAUACCUGGCCCCUUUAAAUGCCACCGCCAUCCCCGUGGUGACCCCGCACCCGCCGCCCUACGAGCACAUUUUCGCCCAUCACCGCGCGUACUUGGGGCUCCACGACUCGGCGCUGCAUCACCAGCACAUCCACCACCACACGGACGACUUGAUGCUGGAGAGGUUCUCCUCCAUCCCGGACUUUCAGCCCUUCUUCGACAACGGGGAGCCGUGCAUCGAGGUGGAGUGCGGCGAGAACAAGGCUUUGCUUUAUAUCAACAAACUGUGUCAGGGCAGUAAGGGACCCUCGAUAAAAUACAGGGGCGAGUGGCUCACCCCCAACGAGUUCCAGUUUGUUAGUGGACGGGAGACUGCCAAAGACUGGAAGCGGAGCAUUAGACACAAAGGAAAAAGUCUCAAGACUCUCAUGUCCAAAGGAAUCUUACAGGUGCACCCUCCGAUUUGUGACUGUCCUGGCUGCCGGAUUUCAUCUCCAGUGAACCGCGGGCGCUUGGCAGAGAAACGCACCAUCCCACUUCCACCCAACCGGGUGCCCAAGAAGGAACUGGCUUCGAUUUUCAGCAGCGACGACAGCGAAGGCAGCGAGCGGGCCAGCGGGGAUCAUGCCCACAUCAAGCAGGAGGAGGAUUUGCAUUAUAGUAUCAUGAGAAAAAGUCGGGACGGCGACCUCUCUACAAUUAUCUCCAACCUGCACCACACCAGACAACACGGUAUGCCCGAGGAGCAGUCAGCCUCUGACCACAGCACCAGUACUCGACACACAGACGACCUCCUGGGCAAAAGGAGAAGCUUCUCUCCCAACAGCAGCAGCGAUUGUCCCUCUGAUAGCAAGAAAUCACGCAGUGUCUCUCCAAAAGAAAACUCCCAGAGUCCCGUGGUGGAGGCAGGCGGCAGCCAAGGCCACAUGAGCACCGUGGAGCAUUACAGGCGCAUGAUGUCAGCGCUCAGUGAGCAGGGAUCCUUCGAGGAGCAGCAGCAGCGCCUCUACCAGCUGGCGAGCAGCAUGGGCAUUCCUGGCCAUGACAUACUGCGGGCUCGUCAGGAGGCGCUGGCUGCGGCAGUCAGGAAUCCCGCAGCCUUAGAGGCCCACCUGCCCUCAGCGGGCAGCUCUUCAUCAUCCAGCCAGAGACGUAAACAGGGCCUGCCGCAGCACCGCGAUGCGCAUUACACCGACAGAGAGCUGUCCCAUCCGCCGCCCCUCCUGUCCCCUCCAACUGCUCCUCACGUCACCUUAGGGCCUCACCUGCGGCCCCCCUUCCUGGGCAUGCCCUCCGCCCUCUGCCAGACUCCUGGCUAUGGGUUCCUGCAGCCGGCCCAAGCUGAGAUCCUGGCUCGACAACAGGAGCUUUUAAGGAAGCAGAAUCUGGCCAGACUCGAGAUGUCGGCAGAGCUGCUGAGACAGAAGGAGUUGGAUAACCUCCACCAGCACCAGCAGCAGCAGCAGCAGCAGCAGCAGCAGCAGCAGCAGCAGCAGCAGCGGCUCCUUGGGUCAGACCCUCUGGGAGCCCUUCCCCCAGGCCUGCCCCCCGACCACCCGGCCCUGCGCAGUCUCCACGACAUCCCAGAGGGACACCCCCUACGCGAGGAGCUGCUCCGCCGUUCCAAUGCGAUGCUGGUGCUUCGCCACGGGGCCGCCACGCCCCUCCUCACCCUCAACCAGCAGCAACUAGGGGCGUCGUCCACGCCCAAAGACACGCAGGCACAGAGCUCUGUUGUCGGGCUGGGUGGCGAGUCUCGAAAGGCCAAUCGCAGGGAAGCUCAGACGGAACUCCGCACCGGGGAUCACAGAGGAGGAAGAGACGACGGGGGAAGGGAAGGAGACAAGGAGGCGCAUGACGAGGAGAUGAAAGACUCUGACAGCGAGACGGAGAUGAGCGAGGAGAGGCGAGAGGGGCUGGUUUCCAAGCCUGGCAGUAAACCCAGGGACAGGGAGAGGAGCAGGGGCAAGGAGGCUGGCAGCAAGGCGGGGUGCGAGAGAGCCAAGGAGACCGGAGGCAGCUCAGGGAGGCUGAGCGCCUCCAGCUCAGCAGAUACCGAGUCACCUAGUCGCAACCUUUUCACCCCUGGACUUGGCAAGGCCGAUCUCAAAUAUCACCUGCCACCGGGUUUCAUACCACCAUUGCCUGCUCUUCACGCCCAGUCGCUGCCCUUUGGAUUUCCCUACGCCAGCCCUUACUUUCCUGCGGGCUCUUUGGGGGGUCUUUUCAUGGACGGGGAGGACUCAGCCAUGUCAAACCCUGUGGAGGACGUCAGCAAGUGGAGCGUGGAGGAUGUGUGCGGCUUCAUAAGCAGCCUGGCUGGAUGUGCCGAAUAUGCACAGGUGUUUCGGGAGCACGCCAUUGAUGGGGAGACACUGCCGCUGCUCACUGAGGAGCACCUGCUCAACACUCUGGGACUAAAGCUGGGGCCUGCGCUCAAGAUCCGCUCUCAGGUGGCGCGUCGUGUCGGCAGGCUCUUCUAUAUGACAGGAUUUCCUCUGGCGUUCCCGUUUCCGCCUUCUGCCGUGCUGCGCCCCCCGGAUCGGGACAGAGACCCCCCGCCCGCGCCGUCUGACCCCCAGCUGCCCUUGUCUCUGUCGAUGCCGCACCGGCCCACCUCAACCAGCAGCAGCUCCUCUCCGUACAGCGGCCCUACGGCCGGAUGCUCGUCCCCCAAACAGGAAAACGGCUCGGCGGUGGUGGGGCGGUACGAGGCCAAAACCCCCUCGUAGGAGCAGACGUCCGGAUGUGAGCGAACCAGACUCGCCGACACUCGAGACAUUUCAAAUCGACGGUGAAACAUUAGACUGGAACAAGAGACUAGUGGUCAGAGUCUGCAGUGGCUUGGAGACGAGCAGAACCCAAAGAAACUGGGCUGGAAGGGAGAAAUGCGAAGUGACAGAGGAGCAGAGGACGAGGGGGGAGAAAGGGAGACAGCUGGUCGCGGACAGGCUGCCAAGAAAAAGAAGCAGAGCCCUGCCACAGGACGCGACAUUCUUGCAAAUCAGACACUAGCGGAAACUCUUCUCUCCUUCCGGGGCAGGAGGAAGCUCUCCUCGCUCACUCUGCGUUUCUCCAGAAUCCAGGAAUUAAGAGCAACACGUCUCCCUUCUUCCACCUUCCCUGAGGCCAAGCAGAAGUCACCCUGUGCUGAAAAAGCACCAGCUCCCUCUUAUAUCACUGCAACUAUGCAUUCCACUGUCCUGAUACCAAAGAUGACCGGACGUGUGGAACAUGAACUCGCCAUGUGUCUGCUUCUUUUUGCAUUAAUGGCCCCACAGGGAAUUGCUGAGGUUGGGCCUCGUACAGCGGACUCUGAGGUCGACCCGCCAUUCACUGACGCUUGUCCCAAACAGAGAAGCCUGACGCAGCUGCAUCUCAAUAAAUUCACAUAUCAUUGAAAAGUUCAUUUAUUUCAAUAAUUUGAUUCAGAAACUGAAAAUCGUAUAGAUUCAGUAGAUCAAAGUUUGUUGGUUUAGAUCAGCAAUGUCAAAAUAAGUUUUAUUUGGGGCGACAUCACGUUCAUGAAUGUACUGAAAGAGCAGGUUGUGGCAAAAUAUAAUAAUUAAACCACAUUAAAGUGUUAAAAUAUGAAUAACUCAGUGUCUGGAUUAGAUGACUUAAUACUGAACAUCUUUUCGCUUUCAUAUUAUUUGGCAAAAUACAGAAAAACAUUCUUCAACUUCAUAAAACAAUGUUUAGGCACAAACGUCUCUGUGUCUCUUUAGGGUUAAGAAGGCCACAUAAAAAAAAUUAUGGUGGGCCAGAUUUGGCCCCCAGGCCUCGAGUUUGACAGAUGAUUAGCAUACAGCUAAUGAAAUCCAAAAGGAUUCAAUACAGAAAUGCAGGGCUGCUGUUAUCUUUGUUACCUUUGCAGUGAUUUCUACCACACUUUUUCCCUCCACUCAAUUUUCAAUGAACUCGCUUAGAAACUUUCAUUAGCUGUAAGCCAAAAUAAAAUUAAAAAAACAUUUUAAAAACAUUUGUAAUGAAUCUAUAUGGAGUUCCUCUUGGUGAAAUGAUGGAAAUAGAACUUUUUAAUGAUAUCCUAGUUUAUUUUGAUGCACAACUUAUCAGAAAUGGAGAAACCUCAGAGGGCGUCUGCAGCAUCCCUUGUACACUUGUGUUGACUACUAUUAAAGUAGGACAAACAUGCAAAAUUGUACAGAAUUGCGCUUAAGAUGAAAAUAUUCUGGUGGUACUUUUUGUUUAACGUAGUUGCACGAGUAAGAAUUUCUUUACUGACAAAUGUGACUUGCUGAACUUUGGUGGUACUUUUGUUCAUUUUCUUAAAAAAAAAAAAAAAAAAAAAGUACAACAAAAAAAAAAAAAUGCUCAAAUGCUAACCCAGCAUAUAAAUAUGAGGACAAAAUAUUUAUAGCAUUUUGAUGUAGUAGAUAAAAACAGAUUAUGAUAUGUAUUAAAAAUCAGCCCUUAAGAUGGAUUCCAAAGAUAACUUUUACUUUGUUUUCUCUUGGUUGCAGGGGGGAAAAAAAGGCACAAGAAGCUCUUAAUGCAAGUGUUUUGAAUUUCUUAUGGAAUUUUUUUUAACUAUAAAAAGCAAUGAAUUAAUAAAAAAAAUGUUCUCUAGAUUUCCCUUCAGAAGUUUUGUUUUCAUCCUAUUUUUCUAUUCACCACACAGGUGAAAUAAAUCCUACAGAAAAAUAAUCUGCCGUCUCCUGUGAGUUUGUGGUGGAUCUGUAAAAAAUGUGCAGAGCGGGUUGGAGGGAGGUACAUGGUCUCCUGAGGUGUGUGUGUGUGUGUGUGGAGAAGGGGGAGGUGACCCAUGAGGGGCACAGUUCAGGUCAACACCAGCUGUUGAAGUGUGAGGUUCAGCCGCAGGCCAAGGCCUCCCUGCCUGUGGGGGCAAACCUGACCCUCUUCACACACACACACACACACACACACGCACACACACAUACACCAGCCUCAGCAACUCACUCACACUCACCUUCCUCCUUCAAAGCACCACGCUGUGUUAACUCUGAUGGGACUUCCCUCCGCUUUAGGCGAGCUCCUGCGCCAGAAGCUUCUGAAAUCUACUGCAGAGGAAACGUGACAGGCAGU